GUAACCCUGAAAAUUUGCCUUGUUUAAGGCCAUGUCUCUUACUCUCCUCCCUUUGUCCUUCAUGUCUUCUGCAGCUCUAUAAAAGUUCCCUCAUGCCCUCUGACCAACAGACACAAUGCUGCUCCUUCGCAGAUUACCUGCUGUUCCCUCUGGUCUUAGACUGAUUAGCCAUCAUUCUGUGGUGGGAGCGGGGCCUGAAAUGGGCACUUUGUCUCAGGUAGAUACCCCAUUGCCUUAUAACCAGAUGCCUGGCAACUGGAAGAGAGGCUGGCUUGAACUGUAUCGUUUCUGGAGAAAGGACGGAUUCCAUAACAUUCACUAUCACAUGAUGGAAAACUUCCAGCGCUUUGGACCAAUUUACAGGGAGGCUUUAGGCAUAUAUGACAGUGUAUUUAUCCAGUUACCAGAGGAUGCUGCAACCCUUUUCCAUGUAGAGGGCCUUCACCCCGAGAGACUUAGGGUUCCUCCAUGGUAUGAAUACCGUGAUUAUCGCAACAGAAGAUAUGGAGUGCUACUCAAGAAAGGGGAGGACUGGCGCAGUCACCGGAUUGCCCUAAAUCGUGAGGUCUUGUCUAUGUCGGCAAUGAGCCGUUUUCUGCCUUUGCUUGACAGCGUUGGGCAGGAUUUUGUCCACAGAGCUCAUAUCCAAGUGGAACGGAGUGGCCGGGGAAAAUGGACAGCAGACCUGACCAAUGAGCUCUUCCGUUUUGCACUGGAAUCUGUGUGUUACGUGCUAUAUGGGCAGCGCCUUGGGCUCCUGCAGGAUUACAUCGACCCUGAAUCUCAACAGUUCAUUGAUUCUGUCUCUCUCAUGUUUAACACUACUGCCCCAAUGCUCUAUCUGCCACCCAGCCUACUACGGAAAAUUAACUCAUCUAUUUGGAAGGACCAUGUGAGAGCAUGGGAUGCCAUAUUUACUCACGCUGACCGAUGUAUACAGCAAAUAUACAGCUCCUUGAGACAGCAAUCUGACAGUACAUACUCCGGAGUUCUAUCCAGUCUUCUUCUGCAGGACCAAAUGCCUUUGGAGGAUAUUAAAGCCAGUGUAACAGAACUGAUGGCUGGAGGAGUAGACACGACAUCUAUGACUCUUCAGUGGGCCAUGUAUGAAUUGGCCCGUACCCCAAGUGUGCAAGAAAAGCUGCGGUCAGAGGUCAUUGCAGCACGAGAUGCCUCUGGAAAGGAUCUUACUGCCCUCCUGAAAAGAAUCCCAUUGGUGAAAGCAGCCUUAAAGGAAACACUCAGGUUGCACCCAGUCGCUAUAACGCUACAAAGAUAUACCCAAAGAGACACAGUUAUCCGGAAUUACAUAAUACCACAAGGGACACUAGUCCAAGUUGGACUGUAUGCAAUGGGUCGAAACCCAGACAUAUUCGCCUUGCCUCAGAGAUUCUCACCUGAACGUUGGUUGGGAGGUGGACCUACACAUUUUAGAGGUUUGGGAUUUGGCUUUGGACCACGGCAAUGUAUAGGGCGCAGGAUUGCAGAGAUUGAGAUGCAACUCUUCCUCAUACACAUUCUGGAGAACUUUAAGAUAGAGAUAAACCGAAUGGUCGAUGUAGGAACAACGUUUAACCUCAUCCUUUUUCCAUCAAAACCCAUUCACCUUACACUGCGCCCACUCAAAUGAUUGUGUUUAGACUACCACCAACUGUUAUACCUAUAUCCCACUCCUUCUCUCCUACCAAACGUAUCGGUUAUGACUAAUACAGGUUACAUUUUUUGGUCAGUCAACCGCUUGGGUUUAGUAAUUGUGUCUGCUAAUGAAAAUGUAUUUUUUUUUUACUGACAUCAAUUACUUUACAGUCAGAAGAUUUACUAUGAAAUUUAUUUUCAUCUAUUAAUAUACAAAUUCUGCAUUACAUCUUCAUUCUUAUUUUUAAAAAUAGAUCUAUAAUUUACAUAUUUGUACUGUAUAUUGGCUUUUUAUGAUUUCCGCAAACACUGGCUUGUUAUGGAUAUGACUAUGCAUGAUGUAGAACACUUUCCAGUCUUUUAUGCAGGCUGUAAUAUUUAUCACCCUUGCUUGGUUCCCUCCAAGAUUUGAUGUAGUUGAUCAUUUGGCCAGGAUCCCUUGUUGACAGCAAACAGAUGUGAACAGAUUGAUUUUCAUAUUAAAACUUAAUGGACAUGGCUGUGCUCUGCAUCUGGAUAUUCUAUAGCUAAAUUACCCUUCCUGCUGAAUCUUCAUUAACUCUGUAUUCUACAUUAAAAAACACAGAAAAAAAUAUGCUAUAUUGGUUCCAAGGUCAGUUAAAUCAUAUUAAGGGAUCCAACUUGGCAUGUCUUCUGAUAGGUGGAUCUGGCUCCUUCUGUAAAAGUAAACCAAAAUGUUAAUAUGAGGUAAAUGGAUUUAUACUAAUAAGUUUCCUUAAGAAUUUGUGGCACUCCUUGCUGGUUGACUAAUGGGCAGGCGCAUGCUUUUGUGCAACAAUACUGAACUAGUGGCAUUAAUUCCUGUAAACCCUAUUUAAAAAUAGGGUGUAAUUAUUCUUAAAUAAAUAAUUAAAUACA